UUUGAGUCCCACCUGUUCAAAGCACUCACAGUGCUGACAGGUACAUCGAGAAUCCGCACCACCGCCUUUCACCCAGCCGCCAACGGAAUAAUCGAGCGAUUCCACCGGCAACUUAAGGCAGCGAUCAAGUGCCACUCUUCUGACCACUGGACAGACAACCUACCCAUCGUACUCUUGGGAGUCCGGACUGCGUAUAAAGAUGACAUCAACACCACCGCAGCUGAGCUGGUCUACAAACAAACGCUGCGCUUGCCCAGAGAAUUUUUUGUCAACAACAACGACAACACAGUAGACGCGUCCGAUUUCGUCUCCGAUCUCCAAGGCAGGAUGCGACGACUACGUCCCGUCUCACCGCGCAAGCACGGCAACCACCAGACGUUUGUGUUCCGCGACCUACAGACCUGUUCCCACGUCUUCGUGCGCCACGACGCCAUACGUAAACCUCUACAGCCCCCAUACGAUGGCCCGUUCCAAGUCCUCCAGCGCUCCGACAAAACGUUCAGGGUUAACAUCAACGGCAAGGAGGUGACGGUUACUAUCGACCGCCUCAAACCAGCCUUUGUCGCCGACCCUACAACUUCCGUCCCAACCAGCACGGAAGAGAGACCCCCACCACCAACGGACCUCGACGAGACCCAACCACCGGUCACAACCCGCUCUGGACGACGGGUACGCUUCAACCUGAAGUAUCGUUGACACUCGCGGGGGAGUACUGAGGCGCCAACGCCUACAGUCGCCACCAGAGGGCCUCGUGUGGAUGACGUCAGCGUUUCGUCAGAUCACCGCGCU